CUGUGCGCGGUUUUGCUGUCUUUCUUUUUGUAUUUAGAAGUUAAAAGAGAACUACUUUUCCUAAACACUGUAGAAAGUUUAUAAUCAAGCUGAGCUAGCCAUGUGAUAUGGCUUGCACAAAGGAGGAAAUAGAAAGAAAGCGCCUCGCUGCAUUACAAAAGCGGCAAAACAAGACACAGGAUCAAAACAAAUUCAUCGUGUCUUCCGCAUCUCCAAUCAGCACAUCGUCACCUCGGACCCCUUUAAGGCAAUCUUGGGCUGGUCCCGUACGAAAUUCUAGUAACUUUGGUAAUGGAAUUAGGAGUUUCCAUCCUUAUGCAAAGCCUGAAAGCAGCGGGUCAGAAAGCAGUGUGCCGGUCACUAAAGUUGUGAGUGGUACUGUGUACCUCAUUUCGGAAGAGAGGUUCGAGGUUAAUCCGUCGGAAUUCUGCCCUCCUCUCAUAAAUGUCUUCAAAACUAUACCUUCUAAGAGCUAUGAUCCCUCAUCCAAACUAUGGAAUUUUUCUAUAAAUGACUACCAAGAGUUGAUGUCCAAGGUGGCUCCCCUAGCCCCCCACAUAGUGCUUGGAGCCCUGCCGCAGUUUGUGCUGAAGAUCCUACGGACUCAGAUCACAGACCCAAGGACUCUGGACUUGUCUCCCAUUGAGUCUACACUUAGGAAUAAGCUGAUGCCGUUCCAAGAAGAUGGAGUUAGAUUUGGCAUAGCACAUCGUGGCCGCUGCAUGAUAGCUGACGACAUGGGCCUCGGGAAGACCUUCCAAGCCCUGGCUAUAGCCAGCUAUUACAAACACAACUUCCCCUUGCUCAUCGUUACUACUUCUUCUAUGAGAGAAACUUGGCAGAGCAAGAUCCAUGAGCUCCUGCCAACUAUCCCGAUGAUGAAUAUCGUCACACUGAGCAGCAACAAGGAUGCUCAGCUAGUUGCUGACAGACAGACGCAAAUAGUGAUAGUAAGCUACAAGAUGGUGACAAUCCACAAGGAUCUACUCAGAGACAAGAAGUUCGGCGUCGUUAUUAUAGACGAAUCUCAUCAAGUGAAGACCCCAAACGCCAAAUGCACGCUAGCGCUCAAAAAUAUCUCAAAAUUGAGUGCUAGAAUGAUUUUAUUGAGUGGCACACCGGCUCUGAGCCGACCUAUUGAACUUUACACUCAGCUUGAGCUUAUUGAGCCUAAGCUCUUCAACUCCUAUAAUGAAUAUGGUAAAAGGUACUGCGCUGCCAAGCAAACCAAUUUCGGGUGGGACAUGACCGGGCAAUCAAACUUGGCUGAACUGCAAGUUAUACUACAGAAGCGGUUCCUCAUCAGGCGCACCAAGGAGGAGGUCCUUACUGAACUGGAACAGAAGACCAGAGAAUCAGUGCUCCUAGACGAGACGCUCCUAGAAUUCAGCAAGGAAGAUAAGACGGGUCUCACCCAGAUGGCUGAAUCCUACCGCUCGUGCAAAGCUUCGGAACGGCAUACUGCGCUGUUGAAUUUCUUUAGCGAAUCGGCCCGUGUCAAGAUACCAGCCAUAUGUAAAUACAUCCGCCAACUGCUAAGUUCGUCCACGGACAAGUUCCUGGUGUUCGGCCACCACCGCGCCGUGGUCGACGCGAUAUGCUCCACGCUGGACGAAGAGCAGGUCCAUUACAUCUGCAUCACCGGCUCCACUCCGACUAACGCCAGGGCCGAUUUAGUAGACAAGUUCCAGUACGUGGAGUCCUGUCGGUGCGGCGUGCUGUCCAUCACGGCGGCCAACAGCGGGCUCACACUCACGGCCGCCAAGCUGGUGCUGUUUGCCGAGCUGCACUGGAACCCUGGCAUCCUGACGCAAGCGGAGUCGCGCGCGCAUCGCAUAGGGCAGCAGGGCGGCGUGUGCGCGCGGUAUCUGUUGGCCAGAGGGACCUGCGACGACUAUAUGUGGCCCAUGCUACAAGGAAAACUCAAUGUACUGAACGACGUUGGUCUAAGCGGGGACUCGUUUGAAGGCACCACCACCAAACACCAAGAAAGCAAAACCAACAUAACCCAGUACUUAAGCCCAAAAUGUCCGAAGAACCCAAACGACUACAUCCCAGGCACCAACAUAAGGAAGGACUCCCAAUAUACACAAACCAAUCAAAAUAACAACAGUUCAUUUAACACAUUAGGCGUUAUUGACGCACAUAACCCACAGACCAAUAAAAAUAAUAACAGUUCGUGUACCAUAUUAGGUGAUAUUGGACAAAGUUGUAGUACCACAUUAGGCGAUUUUAACGAGUCAAAGUAUCCACAGACGAAUAAAAAUAACAACAGUUCAUUUACCACAUUAGGCGAUUAUAACGAGUCAAAGAACCCACAGACUAAUAAAAAUAACAACAGUUCAUUUACCACAUUAGGUGAUAUGAGACAAAGUUUUGGUACCACAUUAGGUGAUUUUGACGAGCCUUUUGAUACUAGUGUUAAUGACGCUGAUAUGACUAAGUCGUUUCUAGAUGAUGAUGAAGGCGAUGAAUUGUUAGCUGCGUUGGAUUUAUGAUACUAGA